CCACCAACACUUACUAAGCACCCGACACUUGGUAUUCUCUCCUUCACGUACUAGAUUUCGUGUUAUGGCAACUCCAUUCACUUCCCUGACCUUUACUGUCCGAAGAUGCGAACCCGAGCUAGUUGCUCCGGCCAAGCCCACACCACAUGAAUGCAAACUAUUAUCCGACAUCGAUGAUCAAGAGAGUCUCCGCUUUCAAAUUCCCGUUAUCCAAUUUUAUCGGCACAACCCUUCCAUGCAAGGGAAGGACCCUGCUAAGAUUAUUAGGGAGGCACUUGCGAAAGCCCUUGUGUUCUAUUAUCCAUUUGCUGGUAGGCUAAGGGAGGGGCCUAACCGUAAGCUUAUGGUGGAUUGCACUGGUGAAGGUGUGUUGUUUAUUGAGGCCGAUGCUGAUGUUACACUUGAACAAUUCGGAGAUGAACUUCACCCACCAUUUCCUUGCUUUGAUGAGCUCCUUUAUGAUGUUCCAGGCUCUGAAGGGAUGCUAAAUUGCCCAUUGUUGUUGAUUCAGAUAACACGGAUGAAAUGCGGUGGUUUCAUCUUUGCCGUCCGCCUCAACCACGUCAUGAGUGAUGGCGCUGGCCUAAAACAGCUCGUGUCCGCCGUGGGCGAGAUGGCACGUGGCAUGGUUACCUCCUCAAUCCCACCAGUGUGGGAAAGGCACCUCUUAGAUGCUGGAGACCCACCACGAGUCAUGUUCACACACCACGAGUACGACGAGGUGGAAGGCAUCAUCACCCCACCGGACAACAUGGUUCAACGUGCUUUUUUCUUUGGCCCCAACGAAAUCUCAUCCCUUCGUCGGCUCCUCCCCCGCCACCUUCGCCAAUGCUCCAAGUUCGAACUCUUGACAGCUUGCUUAUGGCGCUGUCGAACCGUUGCUAUAAAUCCCGACCCUGACGACGAGGUUCGCAUGAUGUGCAUUGCUAACACACGUUCCAAAUUCAAUCCUCCACUGCCAUCGGGAUAUUAUGGGAAUGCCUUCGUGUUCCCAGCAGCAAAAACAACAGCUAGAAAACUUUUCCGGAAUCCAUUAGGGUAUGCAGUGGAGCUAGUGAAGCAAGCCAAGGCAAGCGUAACGGAGGAAUAUGUGAAAUCAGUGUCAAGUUUGAUGGUGAUUAGGGACAAACAACUCCACUUCCCAGUGGUUCGGUCCUUCCUGAUAUCAGAUGUAACAAGUUUCGGAUUCGGAGAUGUCGAUUAUGGGUGGGGUAAGGCAGUGUUUGGAGGCCCAGCAAAAGCUCUUGGGCCAAUAAGCUUUUUGAUACAAAGCAAGGAUAAAAAUGGAGAAGUUGGAACUUUGGUGUCAAUUUGUUUGCCAGCUCCGGCCAUGGAAAGCUUUGCCAAGGAAUUGGACAACAUUUUGAAGGGGCAGCCAGUUGAGGAUGUGGGUAAACCAAUUAAGAUUUCAUCUGCUAUGUAAAACAAAUAAUGGGUAGAUAUUAGACCUGAAGAUAGAAUGUUUUCUGGCGUUAAAUUUCAAUGCAAGAUAUUAUUACAUUUCUAAAUAA